AUGUUCGCAAUGCCUCCCCACGCGUGGGCUCCGUUCCCCGGUAUGCCAUGGGGCUACGGCCAAUGGCAAGCCCCCCAACCAGGAUGGCCUGCGCCGACUCCGGCGCCUCCUGCGCGGAUGAAGCGUUUCUGCACGCUGCAAGAGGCUCUGGAUCCCAGAAACGAUCUGGAUGACCUGCCGCCCUUGAACGAGCAAGGACAGCACGAGCUGAAAGGGCACCUGAUGGACUUGUUGAAGCAGGAUUGGGUGACUCCAAAUCCAGUCUUCACUGCCAUCUACGAGCCCGGAGAUGGCGACGAGAAGCCCGCCGCAGAUGCCGAAGACGCCGAUGCCAGGAAGCGCGAGUUCGAGCGCAAGCGUCGGCGGCUGGACGCCGCGGAGCUCUCGACGCCGAACAUCGCAGUGGGAGGUGACGUGCAGGCGGGGCCACCAAAGUCUUCUGCGUCUGGGAAAGCGACAGCAUCUUCGUCGGCUUCACAGGCGCCGCAGUCCUCAGCUUCUUCGACCGUGAAGGCAGAAGCGACGACCCCGGCGCCGGCGGCGGAAGCGGCAACAGCGGCGCAAGCUUCAUCGCCUGAUCAGGAUGCCGCCAGCAGCUCGGGGUCUAAGGAAGCUCCGAAGGAAGCCCAGCCUGCAGCCGACGCCCCGCCCGGGCAACCUGAGCCGCAAGGUGAUGCGCAGGCGGGGGAGGAGGCACAGGCGGGCGAGGAAGCGCAGGCGGAGGAGGCGCAGGCCGAGGAGGCCGAGGAAGAGGAGUCCUCGCAAAGCGAAGGCGAGGAGGCUGUCUACGCGGCGCAGGAGCAGGUGCAGAUGCCAGCUGCUCCAGUGCACCGAAGCCGGGCCCGCGCUGUGAUUCUGACGCCAGCUCGGCGAGACGGUGCAAUCGCUGCCGCCGAGCUGCGGCGGAUACGGGCAGUGAAGAAUGCCAAGGAAGGCGAGCUCAAGGAGGUCCUCUUGAAGUCCCUGAUCUACUCUCAGGACUCCAUCAUGGGAAGGUUCAACGACAAGAAGAGGGAACUGCGGGAGACACGCAAGAGCCUCUCGGAAGGAUCGGUAAAGCUCACUGACAUUCCCGCGAUCUCCGUGGUGGCCCAAGGGGCCGGCCUCGUCUCAGCAGACAACAGAAGACUCUGGGUCUUCAAGAAUUGCGGCAUGCCUCCCAACACGCGCAUACCAGUGAUCGUGAAGAAGACGAUGGACGCGAACUUCAGGAGGAAGAUGACCUCGAGGACAAGCGGCCUGACGGUGGCAAGGCGUGGAGACGAAUCGCUUUACUGA